UGCCGCUGGGCUGGUGCAGUCUGAGGGGAUGGGGGGUUAGAGCCUGCACCGUCCAACUACCUGUGUGGCCCCCGCAUGGUGGAGUGGAGGACAGUGGGACAGGGAUGCGUUUGAUGCAGGACAUCUUACCCGAGAGACACGAAUGCUUCCUCAGCAUUUUAUCGGACAUGCCGACGUUACGACAUUUUAUUGACAACAUAAAAAAAGGCAUUGCAUGUGCCAACUUUUUUCUGUGAAUAUGCCUUUGUGAGAAACUCUCUGGCUCGUCACCCUCGCCGGGAUUCCCCGCAAUAUUUUCAACAAGAGACAAGAAAAAAAAUUCUGCAAAAUGGACAAAGAAAGUAUUGGUACUCAAUAUGAGCCUGUGGCCGAGAUUGGAGAAGGCGCUUAUGGGAAAGUGUACAAAGCGAGAGAUUUGAAGAACGGGGGACGCUUUGUAGCCCUAAAAAGAGUUCGUGUCCAGACCGAGGAAGAGGGAAUGCCUCUCUCCACCAUCCGGGAGGUGGCGGUACUGAGGCAGCUUGAAGCCUUUGAGCACCCCAAUGUUGUCAGGUUGUUUGAUGUGUGCACAGUCUCUCGAACUGACCGAGAAACCAAACUCACACUGGUCUUUGAGCACGUGGAUCAGGACCUGACCACCUACCUGGAGAAGGCCCCUGACCCCGGAGUGCCACCUGAGACCAUCAAGGAUAUGAUGUACCAGCUGCUCCAGGGGUUGGACUUCCUUCACUCACACCGUGUGGUCCACCGUGACCUGAAGCCCCAGAACAUCCUGGUCACCAGUGGAGGACAGAUCAAAUUGGCUGACUUCGGCCUAGCCCGCAUCUACAGCUUCCAGAUGGCGCUCACCUCUGUGGUGGUGACGCUGUGGUACAGAGCCCCAGAAGUGCUGCUCCAGUCCAGUUACGCUACACCAGUGGACCUGUGGAGCGUCGGCUGCAUCUUCGCCGAGAUGUUCAGGAGAAGACCGCUAUUUCGAGGAAACUCAGAUGUUGAUCAGCUGGGAAAGAUUUUUGAUGUUGUUGGAGUACCUUCAGCAGAGGACUGGCCCCAGGAGGUGGCCCUACCACAGAGUGCCUUCACCCCACGGCCCCCUAAGCCAAUAGAAGACUUGGUUCCGGACAUGGAUGAGCAAGGACGGGCCCUCUUAAUGCAAUUCCUCGCCUUCAACCCCUCCAGGAGGAUAUCGGCCUUCGCUGCGCUGAGCCACCCCUAUUUUCAAAGCGUGGACAGCCACAGUAGAAACGUAUACGCGGCCCAACCCAUCCCCAGCAACAAGCCCACAAUGGAGGAGAGGACUGCCUGACGGUCCUCCUUCACCCUUAAUCAUCCCAUACAGUGUCUAUAAAAAGCAUUCAACUCACUGCUUCAUAGUCUGCUUCAUGUUUUAUUGUUUUUACAGCGUUAAAUCAAAGUGUGUUAAUUAACAUUUUUUGACACUGGUCAACAGAUAAUUCUUAAAUGUCAAAAUGAAAACAAAUCUGUAGACACUGAUGAUGUUCAAGAACAAAUAUAGAACAUAACGUGUGAUUAAAAAGGUAUUCACCCUAAUGCGCUCCAUACUCACAUUUAAUAGUUAAGAUUUCAAUGUCAUUUAGGCCCAUUUGUAAAGAUUUGUUUUCUCUUUGACGUUAAGGAGACUUUUUUCUGAUCAGUGUCAAAAAAGCUUAAUCAACUGUGAUUCCAUGUUGUAUAUAAACUCAAAAGCAAAACAUGAAAUAGACCAAGGAGACAAAUACUUUUUAUAGUCAAUGUACAACGCUCUGGGAAAGUACAAAAAACAUGAGGGUAAAGAAAGUGUCAAGAAAGAUGACGCCAAUGCUCUCGCCCUUCCUGAACAAUGCACAAAGCUAUCCUCCUUCCAUGAACUGAUGGAUUGUAAUUGCUGCUUUUAGGUUGUUAUAUGUCGACGAUUGACCGUGUUAACAAUGCAAAGAGACCUGCAUCUCAGACUGACUGGUAGUAGUGGAUGGAUGGACUGUAGAUGGCCACGAAGCAGAGGCCUCUUUUAUGACCAGUGUUCAACUUUGCAAGGGCCCUCUGGACCGGGCGACCGGACCGUACGGGAGCCUGUGUGGACAGCAUGAAUAUCACCUGCGUUUAUGCUCACUGUGGGUGUGUACUGCGAGCAGAUUCGUACACAGUGUUCAGUGUGCGCACUACCACUGACAUAAGCACACUCAUGUACACAAUUACGUAUUGAAACAUUAUUAGGCACCCCAAGCCAACCACUCACUGCCAUGUCGUGACUUACCAUUCCAGUUAUAUAUGUAUUAUAUCACUGCCACCUUGAGGAUGUCCUGAGUAACUGCAGACCAGUAGCGGGAUUCUAAUGGUUUCUGCACUCUUCAAGGGACUCAUCGCAAAUGGGCUGAUAUCGGUGCUGAGACAAUGAUGAAAGAACCUUAUAGAAAAGUUCCUGCCACUCACUUGGUGUUUAUGACUUGCUUUUAGUCUGCCAUCAUGGGCUUUUAUCAUUAUGAAAUACAAUUAUUAUUUACUAUUCAAAUGAUACAGUAAUGCACAGGCUUGCAAUCGGUGGAGAAAAUCCCACCAGCACUAUUCAACAUGAAAACAUUUGGCAUAGUAUUGUCGCCAAUAUUCUGUAUUUAAUUUUAAUUUUAUUGACAAGUCUUAUAUGCUUGUUUUCAUCAAGUUGUUACUUGAUUUUUUUAAAGAUGCUGGGGCAUAUAAUAUUCUUACACCAAUUACACCAACUCCUUAGAUGAUUAUAGAGUUUGUGUAAGAAUAGUUUGUCAAUGUAAGGAAUGUAAAAUGGAUAGGCAUUGGUACUGUACAGUAUGUAGUGCUAAGUACAAGCUGUAUUGAUAGAAAACUUUUGAUACGUGCAUCGUCAGCCCAUAGAUAUGUCGUAAAAAUGGAUAGACGUAGAGUAGUGAGGGUCAGUGGAAUGUUGUAUGGCAAGAGUAUUUUGUCUAUUGAAAAUGUUGGGUGGGUUCUGCGGGUGCUUGUCGUAUUUCAUUUACUUUGGAUUGAGAGUGACUACGAAUUUUACAGUGGUUUUUAUAUGAAAUAAUGCACAAAUAUUUUGUGUACAGUUUUUGCUUUUAUUUACAGUUUGUCCAGUUUUAUUCAAGUUCAGUUUUUACCAGCAAGGAAAAAGCAAGUUAUGCAGAGUUGUAUUUUUGUAUGUAGUAGUUCUUGCAGAACAGUAACAUAUUUUAACACUGGUUUACGUUUUCUUAACAGGUAGUGCUGCUAGCACACACACACAGACACACAUUCUAACUUUCUCAGGUUCUUGUUAUGGACGUCCAAACCUUUUGGGCACAGUUUGCACAUCCUUGGGCUACUAACUGACCACAUCACAACUCCUUCAGGUUUUCUUUCAAGCUGUUCUACGGUCAUGUCAUUGAUCAUAGUCUACUGUCAUUCCUCUAUCAAAUAUAUGUUACUGUAGUCAUUACUGUCUGAAGAUAACUGCCUGUAUGAACUGUUUUUGCCAGCAACCAUUAAUUGUUAGAUGGCGAACACGAUGUAGAUCCAUGUAUAAUUGUCUGCUUGACUAAGCACUGUGUGAAUUUUCUAUUUGAUAAAGACUCGUAUCUGGUGUCAGUGGUGCAUACAAUGCAAUGAAAGCUCCAAAUACUUUAGGCAUAGAGGUUUACAAUUAAGAUAAUGACUGCUUUAGUUUAAUUACACUUGAUACAAUCACUGUAAGUUUUUCUUAUGAGUUAAUCAAUUUGUACUACAUUUCAAUCUCAUAACAUAAAGCUCAAGUCCACUGUUAAGGUUUGAGAACUUUCACUGAUUUGAAGCCAAUGUAGCUCAAUCCAUCAUUUAAACACAUUACACACAUAUUCCAGUGCCACAUUUGUUUUUAACAUGUUAAAUGGAGACUAGGAACACCACAAUCAUGGCAUUAUACUUGUGUAUGAAUGCAGGCAUUGGUGUCUUAUUAUUGUGUUGCACCAGUUGAAUAAAAAGCAGCUUUUUAAGAA